AUGUCUGAGACUGACGGCGCCACUCCUAACGAGCGCUUGCUUGCUGCGGCUCGUACGGAUAACGAGGAGUUGCUACUAGAGCUCUUUGAAGAAGGUGGAUUCGAUAUUAAUACCACGGACGGCUUAGGCAAUACGGCGCUCCAUCUCGCUGCUAGAGAAGGAUCAGUGGAUGUCAUUGAACACAUAUUAUCGCACGACGAAUGCGAUGUUGACCCUGUCAAUCAUUUGGAGGGAGCCACACCUCUGCACCUUGCCGUGAAGAUAGAAGAUCCUGACGUACGCAAGUAUAUCGCGGAGCAGUUGCUGGAUGCAGGGGCGGAUACGAUGAUUCGGGACAAGAACGGUGACACGGUUGCGGAUCUCUUACGGCCCGACGAUGAGAUAUUCCAGUUGAUACGCAAAGCUAGGGCGCAAGCUAGUGUUGCCAAGAGCGAUAUAGCCGAUGACGAUGAGGAUGAUGGCGAUGAAUCCGGAUCAGGCUCGGAGUCAGAGUAG